GUGAAUUCCUGAAGACUUCUGGCAGUUGCUGAGAUGCGGAUUUGCUCCUGAGCUUGUCACUCCGAAGGUUUUCUGGAGUCAGCUUUGCUUUUGCCUCCUUGCUUCAGCUUCUUUUUUAGCUGCUGCUGGUGCUGCAGCUUCCUUCCCCUCGCGUGCCCCGUCGACCAAGCUAGAAGCCGGUACCAUGUUCCGCCGAAAGUUGACGGCUCUCGAUUAUCACAAUCCAGCCGGCUUCAAUUGCAAAGAUGAAACAGAAUUUAGAAAUUUUAUUGUUUGGCUUGAAGAUCAAAAGAUCAGACACUACAAGAUUGAAGACAGAGGAAACUUAAGAAACAUCCACAAUAGUGAAUGGCCUAAGUUCUUUGAAAAGUAUCUCAAAGAUGUUAACUGCCCUUUCAAAAUUCAAGAGCGACAAGAAACAAUUGAUUGGCUUCUUGGUUUAGCUGUUAGACUUGAAUAUGGAGAUAAUGCUGAUAAAUACAAGGAUUCCACACCUGAUAAUGCUAAAAAUGCUGACAAUGCAGCUAAAAAUGUAGAGCCUCUGAUUAAUUUGGAUGUGAAUAAUCCUGAUUUUAAAGCAGGAGUAAUGGCUUUGGCCAACCUUCUUCAGAUUCAGCGCCAUGAUGAUUACUUGGUUAUGCUUAAGGCAAUUCGCAUUUUGGUUCAGGAACGCUUAACUCAGGAGGCAGUUGCGAAGGCAAAUCAGACAAAAGAGGGCUUACCUGUAGCUUUAGAUAAGCACAUCCUGGGUUUUGAUACAGGAGAUGCUGUUCUUAAUGAAGCUGCCCAGAUUCUUCGAUUGCUACAUAUAGAAGAACUCAGAGAACUACAAACAAAAAUUAAUGAAGCCAUUGUAGCUGUUCAAGCAAUUAUUGCUGAUCCAAAGACAGACCAUAGAUUGGGAAAAGUUGGAAGAUGAAUAAAUUUAGAAUAGCAGCCUGUCAUCUUCUUAGGACACCUAGGAACUAUGCAUAAUUCUGGCAAUGUAGUUUCAAUCAAAUGUCACUGUUUAGGGAAGGAAAAAAACCAGAAAAUUUUGAAUUCUUACCAUGUUGUGUUUUCCUUUUAAUAAAGUUUGAAGCAAUGAA